AUGUCAUCGACUUCAUCGUUCAACGAAAAUUUUAUCGAUGAUAUCAAUGCUUUCCUUGCAUCAUCAAAAGUUGCACCUAUUGUUCAUGAAGAUUGGGGUUAUAUGCCUGAUAAUAAAAAAAAAGUUAUUCGUCAACUAAUGGGUAAUAAUGAAGAUCUAUUUCAAAUUUUUGUUUAUAAUAAAAGUCGAUCAAUUGAUCGUAUUUGUCCACGUUGUCGUAAACAUUAUUCAGCUGUCAAUACAAUUGACAAUAUCGAAGCUGAUCAAACUGGUUCAUAUACAAAUGGUCAAUUAGAACAAGCAUUGUCGGGUAUUUGUUCAUUAGAAUGUUUUCAAGCUUUAAAUGGUUCAAAUGCUUUAAAUGAUUGGUUUGGAAAAAUUGCAGAUCAAGUUCAAAUAUUGACAAACUAA